CUACUUCACCUUUGACAAAGUGAUGCACACCUUCUUGGGCACCUGCACCUACACCCUGGUCCGAGUCUGCAACAGCAGCAGUGUCGUUCCUGUGACUAUCAGUGGCAAAAACGAAGACCGAGGACAAAGAGGGGCCACAUAUCUCAAAGAAGUUUACAUUGACAUCUAUGGCAACCGAAUCACCCUUCAGAAGAAUAAGGCAAUCCUGCUCAAUAAGGAGAGAGUCCACACUCCAGUAAAGAACCGAUUACGAGGCGUGUCCAUAGGAAAUGUGGGCAUUUACAUGGUGGUGGAAGCUGACUUUGGACUGCUAGUGAAAUACGAUGGAAAUCAGCACUUGGAAAUCAGCAUUCCAGAAUCUUACUUCUCCAAGGUAUGUGGCAUGUGCGGUAACUAUAAUGGCCAGCGUGGGGAUGAGCUGCUCAUGCCCAAUGGCAUGCAGGCUAACAACGUCACACAAUUUGGAAACAGCUGGAAAGUGGAAGCUGACAGUGAUGCAGGCUGCUUGCCAGACACACAAGAAGAGCUGGGCCCACCUUGCACCGCAGAGGAGAAGCCAGGCAUUGAAAACCAGUGCAAUGUUUUAAAGUCGGACACCUUCAAACCAUGUCACCAUCUGAUUGAACCUGACCUCUUCAUCCAGACCUGCAUCUACGACAUGUGUAAAUAUGAUGGCAUGCUGUCCACUCUCUGUGCCAUCACACAGGCCUACGUGGACACCUGCAAGAAGCAGGGAGUCAUCAUUAAAUGGAGGACCAGCACAUUCUGCCCAUUGCCUUGUCCAUCCAACAGCUAUUACACUGAGUGUGCUUCUCCCUGCCCAGCCACAUGUAAUAAUAUUUAUGCGUCCUCCCUCUGUGAAAAGCCAACAGAAUGCACGGAAGGUUGUGUUUGCAAUGAGGGUUACGUGCUUAGCGAUGACCAGUGUGUACCACUGAGCAAGUGUGGCUGCAGGGAUGAUGAAGAUAACUACUACAGUGGUGGGGAGAGCUGGAUAAAACCCCACUGCAGCCACAAAUGCAAGUGUCAGAAGGACAACACCAUCAAGUGCCAGCUCUAUGGCUGUGAUGCUUGGGAGAUCUGUAUCCUCAACAACAAGGGGAAAUACCAAUGUAAACCAACAGGCUUUGGGAAGUGCCUCAUCACUGGAGAUCCCCACUACCUGACGUUUGAUGGCUUGAUGCAUCACUUCCAAGGCAAACAUACAUACAUGCUGUCUCAGACUGUCUCCAGCAUCCCCAACCGCCUGCCAUCCUUCAGCAUUGAGGGAAAGAACAAGCUUUUCCCUGGAGUGUCCCACAUUUCUUUCCUCCAGGAGAUACGUGUCAGCGUUUACAAUCACACAGUGUGGUUCAGGCAGAAGAAGCAGCUUGUGUUGGAUGGAGUGAAAACCAUCCCCCCUGCCCAGCCUCAUGAAGGUCUUCGCAUAUACCAGAGACCAACAAGAAUUUACAUGGAGACAGAUUUUGGCUUAUCGCUCAGCUAUGAUGGUGCUGAAAACUUAGAUAUAACCCUGGCCAACACCUACAAGAACAAAAUCGAAGGCUUGUGCGGCAACUUUGAUGGGAAGUAUAAAAACGACUUUACCAAGCCAGAUGGCACUCGAGUGAAGGAUGUGGAUGUGUUUGGGGAGAGCUGGAAAGUCCCCAUCACAAGAACAGUCUCCCGGCACAGGCGAGAAGUCAUUUCAGACGAGGAGCUUGACAAUAUCGAGUUAAACACAGGGUUCGCUGAAGGCUGCAAUUCCAGAGAGCUGAGCCUUGUGAACUCCACUUCCAAGUGUGGGAUUCUUACCAAUCCAAAAGGUCCCUUUGUAAAGUGUCAGUCCAAUGUCUCCGUCGAGUUCUUCCAGAUGUGA